AUGAGGCUCAGCACACAGUGGAAUGAAGACGACUGCAACGGUCUGGUUUUUGAAGUGGUGAAGAGGAUUUUCCAAAAUAAAGAUCCUCCAGAGAGAAUCACACUGGCGCAAUGUCUGUUCGACGAGCUCAACGCUGAAAUCCAGAACUGGGACGUCCAAGUCCAGCCCUGUCGACAGACUUUUAAGAACACAGCAAAAUGUGUUUAUCUGGUUCGUGGGAAAGAGAAGGAUGUGACCCAGACUGUGUGCAUCGUACCCGGAUACAUCGGCACCAUCUUGAACAGCAUUCACCAGCACCUGACUGAGCCUCAACAGAAGAGGUCAAUGUGGAAAGCCCUCUGCUGUUGGAGAUAA